GAUGAGAAUGCCCCGCCAAAUUCUGUCGCACUUGAAAGAAAAGAAAAAAAAAAAUUAUAUGAAUAGAAACAAGAUCAGUGAUGACGAGUAGAUUAGGGGAAUUUGGCUUGGAUGCCAAUGGUUCAUCUAUAGGUAUCCUCGAACUGUGGCACGAGCAUCGAGCCUCGAUUCUAUUCGCGACAACAUGUAUAUUGGCGGCGGUUUGGUGGCUUAUAGAGCUACGCCAGAAAGACAAGAUCGCGACUAAACCCCUAAGAUCUAUUCAAGAAAUUACGAAGUCCCUUCCACGCGGCGAUAGUAAAUCCUCGAUCGAAAACGUAGACAUACCGAAGGAGAAAACAAAAGAUUCAACCAGCGGACCACGGCGUAUUAAGGGAGAACUGCGAAGAGCUGGAAAUGCGCAGAAAAAUACGGAGGCUGGUGGCGAAAAACCUAUACAAGUUCUCGUUUUCUAUUCUUCCUUGACUGGAAGUACAGAGAGGACUGCGAAAGGGAUUGCUGGGGCUUUUGAAGUUUUGCUAGGAGAGCGAGAAGAUGGGUCUGAGAGACAGUUCCUAAAGCCCACCGUCAUAGAUCUGGCCGAAGCGGACUACGACGAAUACUUCAUCAAUGCGCCGAAUCCUACAGAUCAUAGCACGCCAGUAGAUCAUUUCUAUCUCCUGUUGAUCCCGAGUUAUAAUAUCGAUUCUAUCAACGACAACCUCCUCGAGCAUAUGCAAGAAACGCACCAUGACUUUAGAAUCGAUACUUCCCCCUUAUCAGGAAUUCUCGGUUACUCGGUCUUUGGUUUAGGUGAUCGGGAGGGAUGGCCGACCGAAGACGAGGGAUUCUGCUUCCAGGCAAAGGAGGUUGAUAAAUGGAUGGCUAGACUGACUGGUCGCAAGAGGGCCUACCCGCUGGGAAUGGCAGACACAAAACGGGAACCUAAAGAAAGGUUGGAUGAAUGGAUGGGUGGUGUGAAGGAUACCUUGAAACACAUCGCCAGCACGGGAUCUCUAGGAGAGGGAGUCCCUGGUAGUGGAGACGCUGUGGAAAGCGACGAUGAAUAUGGCUCUGCAGACGAGGAUGAUGGCGAAGUCGUUAUUGACCCAUCUGUUACAGUCAAAAAGGCGAAAAAGGGAAAGCCCGGGAACAUUGAUGAUGUGGAAGAUCUUGGGAGAAUCAUGAAGGCGUCCCAAAGUAACUCCGAGAAAUCGAGUAAUCCGGCACCAAUUGCCGUCGACUUCACCACAUAUAACAAAACGACAUCGAAGAGACCACCUCAAACUAUCAAGGAAAUGGUACCCAAGAAUUCGCCGACAUACGCUUCCCUUACUAAACAGGGGUACUCUAUAGUCGGUUCGCACUCAGGAGUCAAAAUCUGUAGAUGGACUAAAUCCGCUCUUCGCGGUCGGGGCUCGUGCUACAAAUUUUCCUUCUACGGUAUCGCUUCGCACCAAUGCAUGGAGACCACACCCUCCCUCUCUUGCUCCAACAAAUGCGUCUUCUGCUGGCGCCACGGCACAAACCCCGUCGGUACCACAUGGCGCUGGGUCGUCGACCCGCCCGAUAUGAUCUUCGACGGCGUCAAAGCCGGGCACUAUAAGAAAAUCAAGAUGAUGCGCGGCAUCCCCGGUGUCCGUGCCGAGCGUUUCGCGGAGGCUAUGCGGAUCCGGCACUGCGCAUUGAGUCUUGUCGGUGAACCAAUUUUCUACCCGCAUAUUAACGAGUUCCUUGCGCUCCUGCACGGCGAGAGGAUUUCCUCGUUUCUGGUGUGUAAUGCGCAGCACCCGGAUCAAUUGGCUGCGUUGCGCGCUGUUACGCAGUUGUAUGUGUCUAUUGAUGCUAGUAAUCGCGAUUCUUUGCGACGUAUUGAUAGGCCGCUACAUCGUGAUUUCUGGGAACGGUUUAUGCGGUGUCUGGAUAUUUUGCGUGAGAAGCGGUUUAAGCAACGUACUGUUUUCCGACUUACGCUUGUCAAGGGGUUCAAUGUUGAGGAUGAAGUGAAUGGAUAUGCGGACUUAGUCGAGCGCGGGUUGCCGUGUUUCGUUGAGAUCAAAGGUGUGACGUAUUGUGGUACGUCGAGUAGUGCCGGCGCUGGGUUGAGUAUGGCGAAUGUACCCUUCUACGCCGAAGUCACGGAGUUUGUUACUGCGCUUGAUGAGGAGUUGAAGAGGCGUGGGUUAGAUUAUGGGAUUGCGGCGGAGCAUGCGCAUAGUUGCUGCGUGCUUAUUGCGAGUGAAAGGUUUAGAGUAGAUGGGAAGUGGCAUACGCGGAUUGAAUACCAGCGCUUCUUCGAGCUGUUAGAGGAACGCGGUGCUGACGGCGAGUGGACGCCCGAGGAGUAUAUGGGCCCUGAGACGCCAGAGUGGGCGACGUGGGGGAAUGGUGGGUUUGAUCCGAGGGAUGUGAGGGUUGAUCGGAAGGGGAGGAAGAUAGAAGUUUCUUAGAUUAGUGAAUUAGGCAGGCAUAGGUAGGUAGGAUUAUCAUGGUUAGAAAUCUUGGGAGGUAUUCGCAUAUCACGCCUAAGCAAUCGAAUAAAAAAAGGCACUUGAAAAAA